AAAAAUAACAUAUAUAGAAAGAACAACUAAUAGAACUGAAAAAAAAAAAAAACUAAAAACAAGUUAUAACUUAUAACGUAUCUGUCGUUAAAUCUGUUGAAUCGUUCUUACAAAACACAAUCGUUACAAAAGUCAAUUGGGUUCCCACGAAACGGUGGGGCCCAUCACGACCAGGUCUCUCUUUUUACAUAAUCUCAUCUCUUCUUCUUAUUGAUUUUCAUUUUUGUAAGAAAGUUUUUCAUUUUGUAAGAAAAUGUUUUUCAAUGAAAGAUUUGUCUGAAAAUUUCAGAAGAAGAUGGGAAAGAAUUGGUUAACAUGUGUCUCCGCGGCUUGUUUGUCUCCAGGGAAAGACAAAAAGAAUCAAAAACCCGAGAAACCCAAGAGGAAAUGGUCGUUUGGGAAACAAAAGAGUAGAGACUCUUUUGAUUUCCCUGUGGAAGAGACUCCAACGGUUGACCCUUCAUCGUCUUCUGUUCAUCGGCCAUCUCCACCGCCUCCUCCGUUGCCGGAUUUUGCUCCUCAGCCGUUGUUACCACCACCGUCUCCACCUCCUCCUCCUCCGGCAUAUACCAGCAAUACAAGACUCUAUGUUGACUCUAAAGAAGCAAAGAAUAGGCAAGCUUUAGCUCUUGCAUCGGCUGUUGCAGCCGAAGCAGCUGUGGUAGCUGCACAUGCUGCCGCGGAGGUAGUGCGUCUCACGACCCCUUCCACACAUCAGACUGAGGAAUCAAAGGAGGAAACUGCCGCAAUCAAGAUCCAAAAUGCGUAUAGAUGUUACAAGGCGAGACGCACUCUUCGUGCGUUGCGAGGAAUGGCCAGACUCAAAAGUUUGCUUCAAGGAAAAUACGUCAAAAGACAAAUGAACGCGAUGCUUAGCUCAAUGCAAACUCUUACACGUUUACAAACACAGAUUCAAGAAAGGAGGAAUCGGUUAUCUGCAGAGAACAAAACUCGUCACAGGCUGAUCCAACAGAAGGGUCACCAGAAAGAAAACAAUCAGAAUUUGGUUACCGCGGGAAAUUUUGAUUCCAGCAAUAAAUCAAAGGAACAGAUCGUGGCAAGGUCUGUGAAUCGAAAAGAAGCUUCUGUAAGACGAGAGAGGGCAUUGGCUUAUGCUUACAGUCAUCAGCAAACGUGGAGAAAUUCUUCAAAACUUCCACACCAGACUUUGAUGGACACAAACACAACAGACUGGGGUUGGAGUUGGCUUGAGCGUUGGAUGGCUUCUCGCCCGUGGGAUGCUGAAUCCAUCGACGAUCAAAUUUCCCUUAAAAACUCUCUUAAACGCGAAAACUCCAUCAAGACUUCUCCUGCCAGAUCUAAAACACUAAAGUCAGCUAGCCAAAGUUCUAUCCAAUGGCCUGUAAACAAUGAUACCAAGAGUAAAAAGAUCGAGGUUGCUAAUCGCAGGCACAGUAUCGGUGGUGGAUCAUCUGCAAACGCUAAAGAUGAUGAAAGCGUUGGUAGCUCGUCCUCACGCAGAAAUUCCUUGGAUAAUACACAAACUGUGAAAGCCAAGGUUAGUGUGGAAACAACAAGCAACGUGACUAAUGCGCAACCUGUGAAACCCAAGGCUAGUGUGGGAACAAAAAGAAACUUGGAUAACACGAAAGCUUUGAAAUCCAAGUCUAGCGUGGGAACAACAGAAAACUUGGCUAACACGCAAGCUGUGAAAUCAAAGGUUAAUGUCGGAACAACAGGUUUGCCAAAGAAGGAGGUUGUGUCUGAUAAGAAGAAACCUCCGCAGAUGGUAUUACCAAAGAAGAGGCUUUCAUCUUCUACUUCUCUUGGGAAAACGAAGAAAUUGUCGGAUUCGGAUAAAGCAACAACUGGUGCUGCAAAUGGAGAGAAGAAGAGAAGAAACGGUGGUAGCAGUUAACCUAAAGCAAUAGCCUUAUCUAGACCAAGAUAUUGCUUUGGUGGCGGUCUGAUAGAUUUAGCAUCUCAAAUCUGAGACUUGUUUUCUAUCAACACAAAUAGAAAAAAAAAAAAAAAAAACAAUGAGUGUAUUUUGAAGACCUUAUUUUGAUUGUUUUCUUUGGGUGAGUACAAAUGAUGUAUGUCUUUGUCGGUUUGGUUUUUUAUUUGGUGGAUUAUUUGUUUACAUUUUUUUUAAUUAAAACCAUUUAUUUCGCGUU